GGGCCGGUGUACAGACCUCUAGUGGUAACAAAUAAGAAGAGGAAAAAAAUAAUUAUUCUCGUGAAGUAUAGAAGUGUUGAGAAGUACAAAGCGGAACGAGUCAAAAGAAGAAGAAGAAGGGGUACAAAAUUAGCCGGCGGUGUAUGCCAAGGAGUGAAGGAGAAGGCGUGUACUUAUUAAUCCCUGAGUGAGGAAGGCAGCAGAGGACGUGCACGGGAUGGCGACCUCCAACACCACUGGGCUGAAGGCUAAGGUGGCCCUUGUUACAGGUGCCACCUCUGGAAUCGGGCGGGAGUGUGCCAAGGAGCUGUCUAAGGAAGGCUGCUUUCUAGCUAUUACUGGUCGCAAUGCAUCAGCCUUGGAAGAAGUGUCUAAGGAAUGUCAGAGUGCAGGUGUUCCCCAAGACAAGGUACUGAGUGUGGUUGCUGAUUUGUCCAAAGAUGAGGACUGUGAGCGUGUGGUCUCUGACACCAUAUCUCACUUUGGUAGUCUGGAUAUCUUAGUGAACAGUGCUGGAGGACUUGUUAGGGGUGGCAUUGAGCAAAUCACAAUGGAGGAGUAUGAUCAACAGAUGAACAUAAACACUCGGUCAGUGUUUUUGUUGAUGAAGUUGGCACUGCCUCACAUCCUGAAGACCAAAGGAAACAUUGUCAACAUAUCCUCAGUGACUGGCCUUAGAGCAUUCCCUGAUAUUGUGGCAUACAACAUGAGCAAGGCUGCACUGGAUCAGUUGACAAGAAGUGUUGCACUGGAGGUGGCUAGCAGAGGGGUACGGGUUAAUGCUGUCAACCCAGGUGUCAUUGUCACUGAGAUUCACAAGCGGGCUGGCGUGACUGAUGAAAACUAUGCUAAGUUUUUGGAAUACAGCAAAACAACACAUGCCAUGGGGCGUGUUGGGGAGACCCGGGAAGUGGCCCGAGCUGUGGUGUUCCUUGCCUCUGACAAUGCCUCCUUCAUCACUGGAGCCACUCUGCCCAUCGAUGGUGGCCGCUCCAUCAUGUGCCCACGCUAACAGCUGGCAUGAACCACUGUCAGUCUCCAGACUACAGGUCUAUCAACUGGUCUCCUUCCUUCUAUAAUGGAAUGCUUCCUACAAUGAGACAAGUGCCUGUGUGUGAGGACAGUGAGGGAGAAUGUAGCAUAAACAGAAGUUUUAAUAUUUUUGCAUCAGUGAAGAUUGGAUAUGUAUUGAUACUGUAUUUGAAUAAAGAAAAUAUGGAUCA